AUGACGGAGACUAAGGAUUUGUUGCAAGACGAAGAGUUUCUUAAGAUCCGCAGACUCAAUUCCGCAGAAGCCAACAAACGGCAUUCGGUCACGUACGAUAACGUGAUCCUGCCACAGGAGUCCAUGGAGGUUUCGCCACGGUCGUCUACCACGUCGCUGGUGGAGCCAGUGGAGUCGACUGAAGGAGUGGAGUCGACUGAGGCGGAACGUGUGGCAGGGAAGCAGGAGCAGGAGGAGGAGUACCCUGUGGACGCCCACAUGCAAAAGUACCUUUCACACCUGAAGAGCAAGUCUCGGUCGAGGUUCCACCGAAAGGAUGCUAGCAAGUAUGUGUCGUUUUUUGGGGACGUGAGUUUUGAUCCUCGCCCCACGCUCCUGGACAGCGCCAUCAACGUGCCCUUCCAGACGACUUUCAAAGGUCCGGUGCUGGAGAAACAGCUCAAAAAUUUACAGUUGACAAAGACCAAGACCAAGGCCACGGUGAAGACUACGGUGAAGACUACGGAGAAAACGGACAAGGCAGAUGCCCCCCCAGGAGAAAAACUGGAGUCGAACUUUUCAGGGAUCUACGUGUUCGCAUGGAUGUUCUUGGGCUGGAUAGCCAUCAGGUGCUGCACAGAUUACUAUGCGUCGUACGGCAGUGCAUGGAAUAAGCUGGAAAUCGUGCAGUACAUGACAACGGACUUGUUCACGAUCGCAAUGUUGGACUUGGCAAUGUUCCUGUGCACUUUCUUCGUGGUUUUCGUGCACUGGCUGGUGAAAAAGCGGAUCAUCAACUGGAAGUGGACUGGGUUCGUUGCAGUGAGCAUCUUCGAGUUGGCUUUCAUCCCCGUGACGUUCCCCAUUUACGUCUACUACUUUGAUUUCAACUGGGUCACGAGAAUCUUCCUGUUCCUGCACUCCGUGGUGUUUGUUAUGAAGAGCCACUCGUUUGCCUUUUACAACGGGUAUCUUUGGGACAUAAAGCAGGAACUCGAGUACUCUUCCAAACAGUUGCAAAAAUACAAGGAAUCUUUGUCCCCAGAGACCCGCGAGAUUCUGCAAAAAAGUUGCGACUUUUGCCUUUUCGAAUUGAACUACCAGACCAAGGAUAACGACUUCCCCAACAACAUCAGUUGCAGCAAUUUCUUCAUGUUCUGUUUGUUCCCCGUCCUCGUGUACCAGAUCAACUACCCAAGAACGUCGCGCAUCAGAUGGAGGUAUGUGUUGGAGAAGGUGUGCGCCAUCAUUGGCACCAUCUUCCUCAUGAUGGUCACGGCACAGUUCUUCAUGCACCCGGUGGCCAUGCGCUGUAUCCAGUUCCACAACACGCCCACCUUCGGCGGCUGGAUCCCCGCCACGCAAGAGUGGUUCCACCUGCUCUUCGACAUGAUUCCGGGCUUCACUGUUCUGUACAUGCUCACGUUUUACAUGAUAUGGGACGCUUUAUUGAAUUGCGUGGCGGAGUUGACCAGGUUUGCGGACAGAUAUUUCUACGGCGACUGGUGGAAUUGCGUUUCGUUUGAAGAGUUUAGCAGAAUCUGGAACGUCCCCGUUCACAAAUUUUUACUAAGACACGUGUACCACAGCUCCAUGGGCGCAUUGCAUUUGAGCAAGAGCCAAGCUACAUUAUUUACUUUUUUCUUGAGUGCCGUGUUCCACGAAAUGGCCAUGUUCGCCAUUUUCAGAAGGGUUAGAGGAUAUCUGUUCAUGUUCCAACUGUCGCAGUUUGUGUGGACUGCUUUGAGCAACACCAAGUUUCUACGGGCAAGACCGCAGUUGUCCAACGUUGUCUUUUCGUUUGGUGUCUGUUCAGGGCCCAGUAUCAUUAUGACGUUGUACCUGACCUUAUGA